AGAAGCUGAGCAUAUUCUUUUGUCUUUUAAAGUCUAAGACAAUGACUGUAGUUGUUAGCAAUGGAGCUCCAACAGCUUGUGUGCUGGUUCAGUGUGAUGAUCGUACUCUUUUUCAAAGGUUGUGCUUCAAAGCUGCCCGAUGGAGCCAAAAUCAUUUUAACUGGAUCUGGAUCGACUCGAUGCUCUGGAAGAGUAGAAAUUUAUCACAAUAAUAACUGGGUGUCAGUUUCUGAUUAUAACUGGGACUUAAAUGAUGCAGAGGUGGUUUGCAGACAAUUAAACUGUGGGACGGCACUAGAAGCUCCUCGAUCAGCUCACUUUCGUGCAGAAACUGAAAAGAUUUGGCUUGAUAAUGUAAACUGUUCUGGAAACGAAAGUUCUCUAAAUGAGUGUCAACACAGUGAAUUUGGAAGACACAAAUGUGGAUAUGAUCGGAGUGCUGGUGUGAUCUGUUCAGAUCUUAUCAGGUUAGCUGGGUCUGGAUCAACUCGAUGCUCUGGCAGAGUGGAAAUUUAUCACAAUAACAUCUGGGGAAGAGUCUCUGAUGGUGGCUGGGACUUAAAUGAUGCAGAGGUGGUUUGCGGACAAUUAAACUGUGGGACGGCACUGGAAGUUCCUCAUUCAGCUCACUUUGGUGCAGGAACUGGACGGAUUUGGCUUGAUAAUGUGGGCUGUUCAGGUACUGAAAGUUCUCUAACUGAAUGUAAACACAGUGGAUUUGGAUCACACAGCUGUGGACAAGGUCAGGAUGCUGGUGUCAUCUGUUCAGAUCUGAUCAGAUUGGCUGGCUCUGGAUCGACUCGAUGCUCUGGCAGAGUAGAAAUUUAUCAUAAAUAUAUCUGGGGAACAGUCUCUGAUUAUAACUGGGACCUAAAUGAUGCUGAUGUGGUUUGCAGACAGAUAAACUGUGGAUCGGCAGUAGAUGCUCUUCAACUUGCAUACUUUGGUGAAGGAACUGGACAGAUUUGGCUCAGUGAUGUGACCUGUUCGGGAAAUGAAAGUUCUUUAACUGAAUGUGAACACUCUGGAUGGGGAAACUACUACUCUGGACAUUACUACGAUGUUGGUGUAAUCUGUUCAGGUCCAAUCAGAUUGGCUGGAUCGACUCGAUGUUCUGGCAGAGUAGAAAUUUUUCACAAUAAAAUCUGGGGAACAGUCUGUGAUAAUGGCUGGGACCUAAAUGAUGCUGAAGUUGUCUGCAGAGAGUUAAACUGUGGGUUGGCACUAGAGGCUCCUCGAUCAGCUCACUUUGGUGCAGGAACUGGACAGAUUUGGCUUGAUGAUGUGGCCUGUUCAGGAAAAGAAGGUUCUUUAACUGAGUGUCAACAUGGUGGAUUUGGAGUAAAUACCUGUAAACACGGUGAAGAUGCUGGUGUGAUCUGUUCAGCUGUACCAAUGAUCUUAACUGGAUCUGGAUCGAGUCGAUGCUCUGGGAGAGUAGAAAUUUAUCACAAUAACAUACGGGGAACGGUUUGUGAUAAUGGCUGGGACUUAAAUGAUGCAGAGGUGGUUUGCAGACAGUUAAACUGUGGGACAGCACUGGAAGCUCCUCAUUCAGCUCACUUUGGUGCAGGAACUGGACAGAUUUGGCUUGAUAAUGUGGGCUGUUCAGGUACUGAAACCUCUCUCACUAAGUGUCAACACAGUGGAUUUGGAUCACACAGAUGUGGACAUGGUCAGGAUGCUGGUGUGAUCUGUUCAGAUCUGAUCAGAUUAGCUGGCUUUGGAUCAACUCGAUGCUCUGGCAGAGUAGAAAUUUUUCACAAUAACAUCUGGGGAACAGUCUCUGAUUUUAACUGGGACCUAAACGAUGCUGAUGUGGUUUGCAGGCAGAUAAACUGUGGGUCCGCACUAGAGGUUCCACGACUUGCUUACUUUGGUGAAGGAUUCGGACCGAUUUGGCUUGGUGAUGUGACCUGUUCAGGAAAUGAAAGUUCUCUAACUGAAUGUCAACACUCUGGAUGGGGAAACUACUACAGUGAACAUCACUACGAUGUUAGUGUCAUUUGUUCAGGUGAGACCACUUAUAGAUAG